GUGGGCCGUCACCCAUGGUUACUGUUAUUUACCCAUAAUGCUUCACGGACAGGCUAACGGCUCGGAGACAUGAUAAAUCCUGAGAUUUUAAUCUUUAGAAGAAACAUCGUUCAAGCACAAGAUGGAUAAAGAACAGCGGAAUAUUGUCGUUUUUAAUUCGUCCAAAAGAGAGCAGUUUACUGCGAGCAGCGGCUACAAGAGUCUUCAGAAGAGACUAAGAACGCAAUGGAAGAUUCAAGGCAUCAAAGAGGAGAUCACAGCUGAGAAACUACAUGGUGUGAAGCUGUGGAUCACCGCAGGUCCAAGGGAGAAGUUCACUGAACUAGAGCUGCAAGUCCUGAAGCAGUAUCUGGAAGGUGGUGGGAACGUCCUGGCCAUGCUCGGAGAAGGUGGAGAAGUGAAAAACGACACUAACAUCAACUUCCUCCUGGAGGAGUUUGGUAUCAUGGUGAACAGCGACGCCGUAGUCAGAAACGUUUACUACAAAUACUUCCAUCCCAAAGAAGCACUCGUGUCUAACGGGGUUCUCAACAGGGAGAUCAGCCGUGCAGCCGGGAAAGUGGUAACGGGAGUCAUUGACGAUGAAAGUCCAGGGAACAAUACGCAGGCUCUCACAUUCGUGUACCCGUACGGAGCUACGCUGAGUGUGAUAAAGCCCGCGGUGGCGGUUCUGUCCACCGGUUCUGUGUGCUUCCCUCUCAACCGACCUGUCCUGGCCUUCUCCAAGGUGGAGAAGAACGCCGGCAAGCUGGCAGUGCUGGGUUCAUGCCACAUGUUCAGCGAUCAAUACCUGGACAAGGAGGAGAACAAUAAAAUAAUGGACGUCGUGUUCCAGUGGCUGACGACCGACAACGUUCACCUGAAUCAAAUCGAUGCCGAAGAUCCCGAGAUCACAGAUUACACCAUGUUACCAGACACAGGAUACCUAUCCGAGAGACUCCGAGUGUGUCUACAGGAAGGCGACGAGACUCCACGUGACUUCACCUCCGUUUUCGACAUGUCUCUCUUUAAGCUGUCCACAGACUCUCUCCCGAGCGUGAUCAGGGCCUACAAGCAGCUGAAUGUCAAACACGAGCCUCUGCAGUUGAUCACGCCUCAGUUCGAAACCCCGCUGCCACCCCUGCAGCCCGCCGUUUUCCAGCCAGCGUUUAGGGACCUGCCCCCACCGAUGCUCGACCUUUUUGACCUCGACGAGACAUUUUCUUCGGAGAAAGUGCGACUUGCUCAGCUGUCAAACAAAUGCACCGACGACGACCUGGAGUUUUACGUGCGGAAAUGCGGAGACAUCUUCGGGGUCACGGGGAAGCUGGAUAAAGAAAAGCAAGACGCCAAGCACAUCCUCGAACACAUCUUCUUUCAGGUGGUGGAGUUUAAAAAGCUGAAUCAGCUUCUUGACUUGACUUUUGUAGGAGCACGACAUCGACACGGCCCAAACGAGGUUCUCUCCUUGCUGAAGAGGAUGACAGAAGUCAGGACAUCUCAGGGCUGAUCUGGGAUCAGUUACUUCAUUAGGAUAUUUAACACUAAUUAGGAACACUUGUACGUACCAUAUGUUAGUUUUGAAACAAUAUCUAUUCUCAUUUUCACUUUGUAAAAAAGGAUUUUUUUUUUUUAAAUGCAUUGUGAUUUUUCUUCAUCUUUCAAAUUGUAUUGAAUCAUGUAGCAUUUUUUUGUACACACGUGUUCAGUGGCGACGUUUAAAGGAGAAAGAAAACUCCAGAAAAAUGUUAGACGACAUUUGAGCACAGACUGACAGACAUCGUAACAGGCAAAGGGACAAAAAUAUCGAUGCAAUUCUGAUAUCACCACAGCAAACAUGAUCCCUCCUUUCACUAGCAUUCCAAGUAUAGAAUUAUGAUCAUCAUAAUUAUGUUCAUCAUCAUCAUGUCACUCAUGUUUUUUGCCUUAACUUGUUUUAUUGGAAAAUAAAAUCACCUUGGGGCACAAACACUGUUUAUAUGCAUAGGGACACUAAAUAUGCUUCUUAGAAAAUAAUAAGUAUACCAGCUGAGCAGGCGAUCUGUCCUGAACACUUUCACUACCUGUGCCAGGUAACUUAAAGGCAUAGAUUUCUCUCAAAGCACAGACAUGGAUGUUAAACAUGGUGCAGAAAGUUUAAGCCCCUGUAAAUGUAUCACUGUAGAAAAAGAAUGAGUGCAUUCAUUUAAACCACGUUCUACAAUCCAGUGCUAUGUUUUUACAAUGUGCAUUGUAAAAAUCAUCAUCAUCAUCAUCAUCAUCAUCAUCCUCAUCUUCAGCAACAUGUCUCUCUUUAAGCUGUCCACAGACUCUCUCCCGAGCGUGAUCAGGUCUCUCACUCACCCGGCUUCAUUAAACAU